UCUUUCUAGUUGUAAUAGUAUUUUCGUUGCUGUUUAUAUAAAAAUUCUUAACAAUGGGGCGAGCCGAAGUUGGAACGCCAAAAUAUCUAGCAAAUAAGAUGAAGGCGAAAGGCUUACAAAAGUUACGUUGGUAUUGUCAAAUGUGCGAGAAACAGUGUCGGGAUGAAAAUGGAUUCAAGUGCCACACCAUGAGCGAAUCUCACCAGCGCCAAUUAUUACUGUUUGCAGACUCUCCUGGUAAAUUCCUUCAUAGCUUUUCUAAGGAAUUCUCCGAUGGCUACAUGGAGCUGCUGCGUCGACGUUUUGGCACCAAGCGUACCAAUGCAAACAAAAUAUACCAGGAGUACAUAGCUCAUAAGGAGCACAUUCACAUGAACGCAACGCGCUGGCUAACAUUAUCUGACUAUGUAAAAUGGUUGGGACGAACUGGCCAAGUAAUAGCAGAUGAGACAGAGAAAGGUUGGUUUGUUACUUACAUCGAUCGCAGUCCUGAGGCAAUGGAGCGUCAAGCAAAGGCCGAUCGCAAAGCAAAAAUGGAGAAAGAUGAUGAGGAGCAAAUGCUGAAAUUCCUAGAAAAACAAAUUGAAAAGGCGAAAUCUACGAAUGGUGAAGACUCGCAAAAUCUUUUCACCCAGCUCAUGCGAGAUGAGGAAAAGCCGAUCAAAUUAAAUAUUAAACUUGAAAAAAAGUUGAAUAUAAAGCCUUCAUUGGUCGAAUCAAAACGUCUUAAAAUUGAGUCCGAAUGUAGAGAAACCCAAUAUCAACACCAGGACUCUGAAAUUCGUACGGAAUAUUGGCUAGAUGUAGGCAUAGUGGUAAAGUUCACUUCAAAGGAAAUGGGUGAUAAAUUCUAUAAUCAGAAGGCAGUUGUAGAAGAAGUUAUAGAUAGAUACCGAGCUAAAAUUAAAUUUUUGCAUUUAGGAGAUAAGCUUAAAGUGGACCAGGCACAUUUGGAAACAGUGAUUCCAGCAUUGGGCAAACCUGUCCUCGUGGUGAAUGGCGCUUACCGGGGGACAAAGGCAAUACUUAGAAAUUUAAAUGAACGCCAAUACAGCGUAAAUAUUGAGGUAUCAGAAGGGCCACAUAAGGGCCGUGCUAUUGAAAAUCUUCAAUAUGAGGAUAUAUCAAAGUUAUAUGAACAUUAGUUUCCGUAAUAUCUAAUAACAAAAUUUAAAUAAAAGCAAUAAAAAAAUA